GCUAGAAAAAUGUCAUCCAAAGAUAAAAUGAAUUUAGAUUUAGAAGAUGACUCUAGCGACAAUGCUGAAGUUGAUGGGGAUGAUGAUGAAGAUGACGACGAUGAUGAUGAUGAUAAAGAACCUCAAGUGAGAAUGCCUGUUAUAAAUCCCUUAAGUUUCAUGCGUAAUAAGGAACAAAGGACGGCUCUGUUUCGUAAAAUGAAAAAGGAAAAGCAUAAAAAGAAAAUGCAAGAACGUAGAGCCAGACGCAAAGCAGGUGUACCAAUCAAUCCCGGCCAUACUAUUGAAAGUUUAAGAGAAAAAGAUCAGACCACAGUCGAAAAUUUGGAUGAUUCAGAUAAUGAGGAAUUACGCAAAGAGUUGCAAUUGGAUGAUUUCAGCUCAUAUUUCGAAAGAUCCUAUGAACCCAAAGUUCUUAUAACUUUUGCCGAUAAUCCGGUGACAAAAACCCGUAAGUUUGGUUUGGAAUUGGGACGUAUAUUCCCCAAUGCUUUGGUGAAAAUUCGCAACAAGUCAUCCGUUAAGAAAAUUUGUAAAUCAGCUGUCCGCGAAGAAUACACCGAUGUUGUUAUUAUCAAUGAGGAUAGACGUAAGCCUAAUGGUUUACUGGUUAUACAUUUGCCCAACGGUCCUACUGCUCUGUUCAAAGUAUCGAAUGUAAAGUUAACAUCAGAUAUGAAGAGAGAUCACAAGGAAAUCACCAAACAUCGUCCCGAAGUUAUACUUAACAAUUUUACAACACGCCUAGGUCUGACAGUGGGUCGUAUGUUGGGUGCUCUAUUUCAUCAUGAUCCUGAGUUCAAAGGACGUCGUGCUGUUACUUUCCACAAUCAACGUGAUUACAUAUUCUUCCGUCAUCAUCGAUAUGAAUUCACCAAGGAAGGAAAACGUGUCAAAUUGCGUGAAUUAGGUCCCCGUUUCACCUUGAAGCUGCGCUCUCUUCAAGAAGGUACCUUUGACAGCAAAACUGGUGAUUAUUCCUGGAUUAUAACAAACAAGCGACAUGCUCUGGAAGCUUCCAGACGUCGCUUCCAUUUGUAGUUGUUUAUUGGAAAAUAUAAUACAAUUUCUUUUGUUUUUAAGUUUCAACAAUGUAAUUUUUAAAUACAUUAUUUUAAAAUUUUGUAAAAAGAA